AGCCCGCCCACACAAGCGGUUGUGAUUUGAUUGACGUCUAAAAUAACGAAUAGUGGGACGUGACGGCCGUCAUAGGGCAGGGCCAGUUUCGAGCCGCGCGCGACCCCGAAGGCGCGUUGCCGCUCCGCCUAAAAGAAGCGUUUCGGCCAUGUUGUGCGGGUGGCUGCGCGGCGCCUUUGUAAACACCAGAAAACGGGGGUGGGGCGGAGCAGUCGAGGGUCCGCCGAAGACACUUUGGCCGGGCGGUCAAGCCACUUAUCGCUCCUCUUUGCACUUUAAUGCUGCAUUCUGUUUUUAUGGAAUGAUAUUUUCCUCUUAAUAUGAGUAAUAUACAGUUGCGUAUGCCCGUGGACGCCACUUAGUUUCCAUGGCAACAGUGCAGGGUGCUCUACGUUAUCUAUAGAUAACGUAUAUUAUUAUAUAACGUACGUAUCAGCAGGUUAACAGCAAGCUGUACAUGUUUUACAUAGGCCAUAUUGCUGAAUCAGUCUGCUGUAAACGGCGUGCUAGCUAACGCAGUAAAAAACUAAAGUAACACAGGCCUACAUGGUACGAUUUUUAGUGUACUUAAAUAUAAAACGAAAACUACUACUUUAAUAACGAUAGAUAGAUAGAUAGAUAGAUAGAUAGAUAGAUAGAUAGAUAGAUAGAUAGAUAGAUAAUUGAUUAGUAUCACUCGUAGUCAUUCGUCAGGUAGGCAAAUAAUUCCGACGGUUUACAGAAUGUUUGAGUAUAUUGCCCUCUACUGGAUACAAAUGGAAUUGACACUGAAUAAAAUGUACUUUUUAUGAUAAGCCUUCGUUAACAAGCUGUCGAUUUUGAUAAUCCACUGUUUUUUCUUAUAGUGAAAUGUGUAAAGAUAAUCUUUCUAAACCUUGUUUAGAAAAUCAAAAACGCAGAGAAUAUAAAUGACAACCCACAACUUUAGAUUUCUCAAAUUCCUGAGUGUAAAUUAGACAAUCAUAAUGAUAAUAAUCAUAAUCGUCUAGAAAUCUUUAAUGUUUAUGUAGGACGUGUUAUGGCUUAAUAAGUUUUACAUAAAUUAAUAUACACUAUAUUGCCAAAAGUAUUGGGACACCUUUCUAAAUCAUUGAAUUCAGGUGUUCCAAUCACUUCCUUAGACACAAGUGUAUAAGAUUUAGCACCUAAGCAUGCAGACUGCUUCUACAAACAUUUGUGAUAGAAUGGGUUGCUCUCAGGAGCUCAUUGAAUUCAAGCAUGGUACCGCUACUAAAUAUUCCACGGUCAACUAUUAGUGGUAUAAUAACAAAGUGGAAGCAAUUGGAAACAACAGCAACUGAGCUACAAAGUGGUAGGUCACGUAAAAUCACAGAGCGGGGACAACGCAUGCUGAGGCGCACAGUGUGCCGAGUCAAUAGCUACAGACCUCCAAACUUCUUCUGGCCUUCAGAUUAGCUCAAGAAUCUCAGUGCAUAGAAAAGAAGUUCAUGGAAUGGGUUUCCACGGCCAAGCAGCUGCAUCCAAGCCUUACAUCACCAAGUGCAAUGCAAAGCAUCGGAUGCAGUGGUAUAAAGCACACUGCCACUGGAUUGUAGAGCAGCAGAAACUUGUUCUCUAGAGUGAUGAAUCACGCUUCUAUCUGACAAUCUGAUGGAUGAGUCUGGGUUUGGUGAUUGCCAGGAGAUACAUACUUGCCAACUGUAAAGUUUGGUGGAGGGGGAUUAUGGUGUGGGAUUGUUUAUCAGGGGUUGGGCUUGGCUCCUUAGUUCCGGUGAAAGGAACUCUUAAUGCUGUAGCGUUGUAAGCCAUUUUGGACAAUUUUAUGCUGCCAACUUUGUGGGAACAGUUUGGGGAUGGACCCUUCCUGUUCCACCAUGACUGCGCACCAGUGCACAAAGCAAGGUCCAUAAGGACAUGGAUGAGCGGGUCUGGUGUGGAGGAACUUGACUGGCCUGCACAGAGCCCUGACCCCAACCCGAUAGAACACCUUUGGGAUGAAUUAGAGUGAAGGCUGUGAGCCAGACCUUCUCGUCCAACAUCAGUGCCUGACCUCACAAAUGGUCUCCUGGAAGAAUGGUCAAAAAUUCCCAUAAACACCCCCCUAAAGCUUGUGGACAGCCUUCCUAGAAGAGUUGAAGCUGUUAUAGCUGCGAAGGGUGGGCCGACUCCAUAUUAAAGCCUAUGUAUUAAGAAUAGGAUGUCAUUAAAGAUCAUGUGUGUGUAAAUUCAGGUGUCCCAAUACUUUUGGCAAUAUGGUGUAUGUUGCUGAUAAACAUGCCCAGUUGCAUUCAUUCCUCUUCCAUACAGCUUAUAGUGUCCGGUAAGAGGUAUUGAUUAGCCUGGAGUCUGUCUCAGGAAGGGUGGGGCUCCAACCCGAAACAUCGCCGGCAGGCAGGAUAAAGACGCCUAAUUAAAUAUUAACGAAAUGUUAUCAGAUUACAUUACUACUUGACUACUUAUAGAAUAAAUCUUUAGAGCCUAUCAAUUAGCUGAUGGGGUAAAUGGAAUUGUGUGAAUAAAUACUAAAUGCCAUGCUUUGAAUGCAUAUUAAAUAUAAUUUGUUGCAUUUGUUGUGUAAUUAUGGUAACAUUGUACGACUACUUGUAUUGUUAGUCUGUUUGUGUCCUAUGGGUGGCGGCACUGAGGCGGAGGCCUGAAUGGAAUAGAGAAGGGGAUGCAUUGCAGGAGCAGGCAGCGGCAUAAUAGACGAUUUUCGAUACAUUUCAUGCCGUACCGUUCUAUUAUAUUAACGUAUCUCUGAAUAGCUGCAGAUUUUAGUAUUAUAUGCAUAUUUUAGUCUGCAUUAUUCUGGAAAUGGAUGCGUGACAGGAUCGCUUCACAGUAAUACAGCAUCUUUGGAGAAGAUACGCCGAAAAAAGCAAACAAUGGCAGACAAAAGUGACUUAAAAGCUGAGUUGGAGCGAAAGAAGCAGCGACUUGCGGAGAUCCGGGAGGAGAAGAAAAGGAAGGAGGAGGAGAGGAAGAAGAGGGAUGUAAGAAGUCAAUCAGAGACGCGGAAGAAAUCGGAGGCUGUCUCCCAGGACUCGGAUCUGGACCACAAGCGGCGGGAGACUGAGGCCCUGCUGCAAAGUAUUGGGAUCUCCCCAGAACCGCCACUAGUCCCGACCCCUGUGUCUCCUCCGUCGAAGCCGGGGAGCACGGCCAGCGAGGUCGGCAGCCAGGAUUCCACUGAGGGAGCAGUGCCAGGAAGGACAUUACACUGGGACACUGACCCUUCUGUCCUGCAGCUGCAGUCUGACCCCGAGCUCGGAUCCCGGAUGCAGAGACUUGGACCAUCAAAAAUAACACAGGUGGACUUUCAGCCCAGGGAGCUAGUGACGUACUCCAAAGAAACUCAGACUCCCCUGGCGGUCCUCCAGUCUGAAGAGGAAGAUGAAGAUGAGGAGAUCUCAGAGCCGGCCCCCCAGCUUGAGCCGGAGCCUCGGAAGGAAGAGGGGAAACGGGAGGCAAAGGAAGCACCUCCUAGGGAGCUGAGUGAGGAGGAGAAGCAGCAGAUGCUCCACUCGGACGAGUUCCUCAUCUUCUUCGACUGCAGCAUCCGUGUCGUGGAGCGGGCACUGGCCGAGGACUCGGACAUCUUUUUUGACUACAGCGGCCGUGACCUGGAUGCUAAGGAGGGGGACAUUCAGGCUGGAUCUAAUCUCUCCUUCAACCGCCUGUUCUACGAUGAGCACUGGUCCCGACAUCGAGUGGUCACCUGUCUGGACUGGUCUCCACAGUACCCUGAACUGAUGGUGGCGUCCUACAACAACAACGAAGACGCCCCCCAUGACCCUGAUGGUGUCGCCCUGGUGUGGAACAUGAAGUUCAAAAAGACCACGCCGGAGUAUAUUUUCCACUGUCAGUCCUCGGUGGUAUCGGUCGGCUUCGCUCGAUUUCACCCCAACCUGGUGGUGGGGGGCACAUACUCUGGGCAAAUCGUACUGUGGGACAACCGCAGUCACCGGAGGACCCCUGCGCAGAGGACGCCCCUGUCUGCCAGCGCACACACCCACCCUGUGUACUGUGUCAACGUGGUAGGCACGCAGAACGCCAACAACCUGAUCACGGUCUCUACCGACGGGAAGAUGUGUUCCUGGAGCCUGGAUAUGCUCUCCCAGCCCCAGGAGAGCAUGGAGCUGGUAUACAACAGAUCCAAGCCGGUAGCAGUGACUUGCAUGGCCUUUCCUGCCAGCGAUGUCAACAACUUUGUGGUGGGGAGCGAGGAGGGGGCAGUAUACACUGCCUCGCGACACGGCAGCAAAGCAGGAAUCGGGGAGAUGUUCGAAGGUCACCAGGGGCCGGUGACAGGGAUCAGCUGUCACAACGCUGUCGGCCAUGUUGACUUUUCUCACCUCUUCGUGACCUCAUCCUUCGACUGGACUGUCAAGCUGUGGAACACCAAGCACAACAAGCCGCUCUACUCCUUUGAAGACAACGCCGACUACGUGUACGACGUCAUGUGGUCGCCCGCGCAUCCUGCGCUCUUCGCCACCGUGGAUGGGAUGGGGCGUCUGGAUCUGUGGAACCUGAACAGCGACACAGAGGUUCCCGCUGCCAGUGUGACCAUUGAGGGCUCCCCCGCGCUGAACCGUGUCCGAUGGGCGCCGACGGGCAGAGAGGUGGCCGUGGGCGACUCAGAGGGCCGCGUCUGGAUCUACGAUGUAGGAGAGCUGGCUGCGCCUCACGCCGAGGACUGGACCCGCCUCGUCCGCACGCUGGCGGAGAUCCGGGCCAAUCGGAGCGACGCUGAGGAGGAAGCAGCUUCGCAACUGGCAGGAUGAGGGGGUGCACCUUCGCCCCCCCCCCCCAAACUCGACACUAGACAAGCAGGCACCCGGUGGCCCCCGCACGUAUCGAAUCCCCGUCUGCUGAUUACAGCCAACCCUGCAUAUUUACCCCGGCAUUGCCGUUGGUCGUAGUUUCCCUUUAUGCAUAAAUCCUCUGAGUCCAAGCGCUUUUUUUAGUCAUUCAUUUUUUCUUUACUGCCGCACCGGCCAAACAUUUGAAGAGGUUGCCAAAUAUUGGUAUGGGAUCCCCCACCCCAUCUCAUAUAGUAACUUUAUUUAGUACCGGGAAACCUCUGGUGAAGCUCAUAUUUAGAAACUGCACUUGUGCUAUUAAAACCAGAUGGGCCCCACGACAACAAUGAGCAGAUGGGUGUUGCCAGGCCGCGUGGGCGCACAGCAGAUCUGGUUUACAUUCCUCUGUCACAUGUGGGCUUGCUGUGUUUCACGCAUCGCUCCGCUCGGCUUUAUGCAUGACGCACCUUUGUGGAGAAAAUCCUGUUAGCUAGUUCUGUUUUAUAUAUAUUUUUUUUUCUUCGUGCUUCUUUGCUGCCUCAACAUUUCACCUCAGCACGCGAGGAUCCCGAGUCCAGCGGACAGGAUGGCUCUUGCUGUUGAUGUAAUGCACUGAAGAAGAGAUUUGUUUUAUUUUUGUUUUUUUUUGUUUUUGUUUGUUUUGCAAUUUAAUGAGCGCUAAUUUGUCCUCUUCUGGCUUGAAUUGUGAGGACUUCUGCUUUCGUAGUAAAUUGACAGUGUGCUCUGUUGUACUACAGGAGAAACGAAUUCUUGAUAAAAGUUUAGUUUUCAAUGUU